AUGUCUCAACACCGCCGAGAAACCCCAAAACAGUUCAAAAAGAAAAGUGAGGAAGAUUAUCAGAAAGAAUUGGAGGCGUUAUGGAAGAAGGUGGAAGAGACUGAGGAAAAAGAUGUUGAGAUGAGAGAAGAGGAGAGAAACAUGUUUGAGAAGACUAAGGAAAUGGAGAAAGCAAUUGCUGCUCAAGAAGAAAAAAUCAAAAUCAAAAAAAGAGAACUUUCGGAUACAACCAAUGCGCUGGAGAAAGCCAUGAGAGAGAUUGAAGAUCUCAACGUAACUCUCAAUAAUGAGAAAAACACUAAAAUUGCAAGAGAGAAAGUUUCAAAGGAAAUAGUUUUAUCACUGGACGAAGAAGUUAACUACUAUGCCUUGCAGAUAAUAUAUCUGACUAAGGAAGUUGACCAACUUUUGAAAAAAAUCAAAAAAGCAAAGAGCAAUAAUGGUGGGAAAGGCAAAACAUCCGAUUAA